UCUCCUUAGUUACAAGAAUAGUAGUAGUAUUGGUUGGAUAUUUUUUCACAAGAUAAAUGAACAAAAAUUGAAAUGUAUCCUUACGAUUGGGUUAGGGAGAGAAAUUUGAAAAAGUAUGAAUAUAGAGGUGGUACUAACAAUUUUGAACACUUUGGCCUGAACCAUAGCGAUCCUGGUAAGCUUCUUUCAUUGAUGAGUACGCUUUGGGAUGGCUGCAUUAUAUCAUUGGAAAUUAAAAUUAAUGAGUAUUUGCAAAAUAUGACCAAUUCAACGCUCGGUUUCAUCAUACAUGAGUCCAAUGCAUCCAAUGAAAUGGUGGUUUGUGUCCUGGGCUUAAAAGAAGUCACUCCAGAUAUUCCAGUUUUGGAUUCGGAAAAUUUCUGGUACAAGAUAAAAAAUGCCAAUUGCCCAGUGCUAAUAAGCAAUUUUGAUAAUUUUCCUGAAAAACUCAGAAAAGAAAUUGCAGAUUACCUUCUACAAUACUACAACGAGGAGUUUGAUGGGGCCGUGAUAUUUCCAAUUUUCGUAGGUGGAGUGACAGAGCCAAGUUUCUACUACUGUCUCGUGAAUUGUGGCCCUUCAACGGCAAUUUCGCCAAACUAUGGACUAAUAAAUGAAUCAUUCAGGUAUUGUGGGACAUUAAUCAUAACGACAUUUGCUUACAACGAAGAGAUGUGCCAUGUAAAAGCGUGCAAAGCAGUUGUUGAAACAUGUGUAGAAAGUCUUCCUUACUUAGAUUCUCUAAAAUCAUUUUGGGAAGCGUUCAGAAAGGAAUUGUCACAGGCAUUGAAUACUGAAGAAACGACAGUAUACUUCUUCAAACAUAUUAACGAUUACAGUACUACUGUAAUAGAUUUUGAUUAUUCUCCAUCUAAUCCAGAACAUGAUGCCAGUGACAUAUUCCCUUAUCAGUUUGGUCUAGAAGGAAAAAUGCUCAAACAAGGUAAAUUUGUGAACUCUGUAAAGCCCCGUUCUCAUCAACUUCUUGCUAGAUAUUUGAAAAAGCUUCCAAAAACAAAACUAAGGAAUGUUUUAUCAUUUCCUUUAUUACAUAAAGGAUGCACAAACGGUAUCAUUGAAGUAUUUAAUAAGCAAAACAGUGAAGUUAAAUUUCCUAAAGCCGAUGAAGAAUAUGCUAAAUGCAUCAGCUUGAUAGGUGGUACUUUUAUAAGCCAAGCUUUUAAAUUCUCAAUGACCAAAGACAGACAAGAAAGAUAUACGUAUGUGAACUGUCAGAAUCUGCGCCGCAUACCUGGCGAUAAAGCUUGUGGAGCGGAAAGGAUAUUAAAUUGCCAGGAUCCUCAUAACUACCGCUUCUUGCUCCAAUUUACUUUCGUUCCAAGUUCAGUACCGAAAGAACACACUAUAUGCGUCUUGAUGGCGAUGUUUCAUGAAGUCGGAGUCAUAAAGACUUUCGAAAUCAAUGAAUUCAAUAUGAUAUGCUUUAUACAAACCCUCCAGUUAGGAUAUUUCAAUCAUCCUUUUCACAAUUGGGAGCAUGCAUUUUCAACGGCACAUUUUCUUUUUGUCCUAGUAAAAAAUUACUCACUCCUGCAAAAUGGCUUUGUCGACCGGUUAGAAAUCCUGGCAUUUUUAACAGCGGCGAUCUGCCAUGACAUUGACUUCCGAGGCACGACGACACCUUUUCAACUAACAACUGGCACCUCACUAGGAAGUUUGUAUGGAUCACCUGGGAAAAUCAAACAACACCAUGCUAUCUCACAAACCCUACAAAUUCUCUGCCGCCCACAAUGCAAUGUUGCUGAAAAUAUGACCACCAAUCAAUUUAAAGUUUUUAUUCGCCUUCUAGAAGAAUAUGUCAUAGACCUUGACAUGACUUCUUUUGUGAGAAACUUGGACCAGUUGAAUCUCAUGACUGAAGUCGAACUCUACAGUAAGACUAAUCCAGAGCACAAAAAGUUGUUUAACAUUUUGAUAAUGACAGCUGCACAUCUGAGCGAAUAUGUAAAAUGCAAGGAAUAUCUGGAUGUUGUGACUAAACACCAAAUAGAUGAGUUCUUCAGACCUGAAAAGGCAGGAAUUUAUAGAGGUGUUUUUGAUAUGGGUGAUUUGGUGCAUACACCAAUUAAAAUCGUUUCCCUACAUGUCCAAUUUAUGGUUAUGAUCGCAGUUCCUGCAUUUGAAUUGUUGUACUCUUUGUUCCCAACAACUUACAACUGCCUAGCCCAAGUGAUUAAGAACACAAACAACUGGAAAAUGGAACUGGAAAGGUAUGCUAAACCUGGAGCAAGAAUCACACCGACUGAAUCGCUAAUCAGCUCUUUGUCCGAGGAUGAAGAUGAAGUUGAUAACAAUUUAUUUUUUAAAUAAAUCAUUUAAAUUUCCAAGA